UAUACACUAUAUGUUUGUGGUCAAAGUUUGCCUUUAUUUUGGAGACCUAUGUUACUUCCUGAGGACCAUGGAUGUAUUAUGCUGAGGACCAGGAAGAAGUUUGAAAAUACACUUAUUUAAAUUAUAGAUGUCACCAGGUGUACGUUGAAUGAUAUAUAAUCAGCGGUGUGUCUCAGCUUAAAAACACGGUUGGACGUUAAAAACUACUAAUAAAACUACAUCGACCAGAAUCCACUGCAAGGGAUGACGAUCCUGCCAUUGCGCAUGCUCUUUGUGGUUGUUGUCAGCGGUGGUUAUGGAGAUGAAAUGGGACCUCGAGCUGUCAACUGUACGGUGAUGUUUGUGUGUCGAUCAGAGGGAUGCCCAGGAAGAUAGGAUUCAUCGUAGUCAACUCUUCAAGUCAUGAGGACAACUUCACUGCCAAGGAGCUCAUGGUCCAUGCUCCCACAGUCAAUGGAUGGAGAUCCAACAGGCUAUGCUCGUACCCUCAACACAUCACCCUGCAGCUAGUGGAGAGAAGCAGGGUGAGGAAGCUGCAGCUGCUGGCUCAUCAGUACCUGAUCCCAACUAAGGUGGAGUUCCACAUUGGAGACUCCCUCCCUGAAGCCAGCACUGCAGGGUUCCCAGGACAGCUUCGCAGACUCGGGUAUGUGUCUCUGUCUGACAAUGAGAAGACAGGCUUCAAAGCUAGGGAGCUGAAGUCGGUCCACGUCGACGCCAUCGGAACGUACCUGAGAAUAACCUUUCACAAGAACCAUGUCAAUGCCUACAAUCACUACAGUCAGGUUGCUCUGGUUGCCAUUAAUGUUCUGGGAGAUGCUCUGGAUGGAAAUGCUUUCAACACCAUACCAAGCAGAGAGCAGCUGAUCGAACACUACCUCAACAGUACUCAGCCGGAAGCCGCCCUGGAUGUGACCUUCAUGGGUAAAUGUGAGUCCUUCUCCCCCCUGGAUGAUCUGGCCUUCGACAUGUACCAGGACCCCGAAGUCGCUCACAUCAUCCGUCUCCUGGACCAGAAGAAGCAGGACAUGGUCCGACAGGAGAAAUAUGAGCAGGCCAAGAAUCUGAAGCAGGCCAUUGCUGACCUGCAGAAGGUCGGGGAGCGUUUGGCUCGAUACGAUGUGGAGAAGCGAUGUGCCAUAGAGAAGGAAGACUAUGACCUGGCCAAGAAGAAGAAGGAGAUGAUGGAGGAGUACAGGAGGAGCGUCUACCAGCAGCUGGAGGUCCACAACCUGCUGGACAUGACGAUGAUCACAAGAGCACCAGAUUCAUCCCCCCUCCGGGAUCCUCCCUCCCACCUGCCCUCUCCAGGUCACCACUCAGUCCCCACCAAGCACCUCGUGUCCACAGACACUUUCAGGAAGGUGAAGAAAACGAUCACGCCUCAGAAUCAGCAGCCAGCCACAGAGACUCUUGUUCCCAAACUGAGCAGCCAGCCUCACACACUGUGCUCCCCCACUGCUGCUCUUCCUAAGAUAGAUAUUAUCAGUGUGCCUUAUGAUGAGAGGCCGCUGCCAGCCCUUCAGAGGAAAGACCAGCCGGUGGAGGUCAUCCAGAGCCCUGCAGAGCAGCACUCCCCCAAGACUGAGAUUCAGCGGAGUCCACCCAGCCCUGAGAUGAGCGGAGAGCCAGAGCCCCUGACAGAGAAAGCCCAGAGAGAGGCUGGUUUGCCAAUAGAGGUCUAUGGAGAAAACCUGGUGGCGGGGGUGUAUUCUAAAACCUGGUCCUACAGAGAAGAUGCUCUGCUGGUAGUAUACAGGAGGCUGGUGGAGGUAUCACCCUCCACCCCCAAGGAGGAGCUGAGAAACAUGAUCAGAGCUGCAGUGUUCCUGGUGAAGAAGUCUCUGCUGGAUAAAGUGUCAUCAGUCUUCCAGGCCUCUCUGAAGCUGCUGAGGUUAAUCCUGAGCCAGCUGAUCCCAGGUCUGGGGCUGGGCCGGACCGAGAUGACCCACUGCCUGGAGCAGACCUGGUCCAACUUGCUGUCCAGGACUGGGGACUCAGCUGGCCGCCUGAGGGCCACAGCCUCUGCUUUCAUACAGGAAAUCGCUGUUUUGAAGGAUGUGCGGGCUCUGCAGAUGAUACCUGGUGAGCUGGUGAAACCCUUCAAAUCCAACUUCCCCUCUCGUCUGGCUCAGAGUCGAGCUGAACUGCUGGAGAAGCUGCUCGCUGAGCUCGGUACAGACAACUCUGGCUUCACCCUGGACAACGUCAUGACGUUCUGUACAGCAGCGUUGGAGCACAGCGCAUCAACGGUCAGAGAGCUGGCGGUGCGGAUCAUCUUAUCCAUGUACCAGCAGCACAGAGGUGCUGUUCUCAGCCACCUUCCACCUAACGACGCCACCGCUCGGAAGAACUUCCUCUACAAAACCCUCUUUGAUGGCUUUGCCAAGAUUGACGGAAAACUGGUAGAGACUCAGACCCUGAAGAAGGGAGGUGGUGAGCAGGAGGGGCAGAGGGAGAAGGAGGAGAUCCACUCUCUGCAGGAGCAGCUGGCUGCACUCAAAGAGAUCACAGAGAGAGGAAAUGAGACCAAAGGACAAGUGGCCAAGAAGGAAGCUAAAGUCGAGAAGGAGUCCCAGAAAGCUGGCAAAGCAACUGUCACAAAAGUUCCCCAGAACAAGAAAACAGACAGAGAUGUCAAACAAUCUAUAAACUACCUGGACAAUUUGUGUAUAUUCUGUGGUAAAAAGGAUGAAUCGUUCACAGAGGAUGGACUGGAUCUUCACUACUGGAAACACUGUCCGAUGCUGCGACGCUGUGAUGAGUGUAGACAGGUGGUGGAGAUAUCCAGCCUCACAGAGCACCUGCUGGGUGAAUGUGAGAGCAGAUCCAGGUUCAGUCAGUGUCCACGCUGCUCUGAGGCCGUGGCCUCUGAGGAUCUGAGUCGUCACGUCCAGGGUCCUGCCUGCAACCCCCCUGUCUCCGGUAAAGACUCCAACCACUGUCCUCUGUGUCACAACAACUUCAUGCCUGGAGAGGAGGCCUGGAAGGCUCACCUCAUGGGCAGGGAGGGCUGUAAACAAAACUCACGCAGGACUGCGGUGUCCCAGAGAACCCAGCCAGCACAAGGCAGGGCAGUAGGUGGAGCUAAGCUGAAGCAGUCCUGGACUGUGGGGUCCAGAGGCAGACCUGUUGGCAGAGGGAGCCGGAUCCCAGCCCUGACUCCUCUGACGGCCAGAGGACACACACCAGGGAAACACUGAUCCUGGUUUGGCAUCACAUCUCCUGGACCCACGUCUCUGCAGAUACAGGAAAAAGGUUUUUCACUGACAUAUGCAAAAGGAUUUAAAGCCCAAUACCCAAGAGAAGUUAGUACACCUGUCCACUAAUAUGGUAUCCCCUAUUCAGACUAGUUCUGGUUCUGCUCCAGUCCAUUGACAGAGGUAGACCUGGUCUCUGUGGCCAGUACGUCAGUCAUUCUGGUGUCAUGGCUACUGGACCAGUAAACACACUGUUUACUGUUAACUGAUCUCUGCUACACAAUAUCUGAGUCCAUGUCACUGGAAGGGGGGGGGGGGACUCUGCUGAGAUCACCUCAAUGACAUCACCAUGACAUCAUCAGGGUUAUUUUCUCAGUUAGCGGCGCAGAGCCACAGGCGACGUCAUGAAACAGUUUGACAGGCUGAUAAACAGACCUGCUCACUGCUCCCAAUCAGUUAGACUGAGAGUUUCCCAACCAAUCAGUCAGCCUAUCAAUAUGUAAUCAAUCAGUGGAUCCUGUCAGAAGACUGUGACUGGUCCUGAGAACCCUCCUCUCCUGGUUCAGCUCCUGAGGACCAAGGUUUAGUUUCAGCUUCUGCUUCUGUUUACAUUUCAUCUCUUGUCUUAAAUAAAUGAAAUAUAGAGAAUGAAGCAGCUUUGCCAAAGAGAUGAAGCUUCACUGCUGAACGUGUAGAGACAGUUUAGACUUUAUUUAUUCUUCUUCACGCCUACUGACAAUCUGAGUGAUGAGUCUGGACGGAACAGUUUGAUAUGUUGUAUGAGUUUAGUGAGAGAAACAAAUUCAGUGAUGAGAUGCAGAUGAAUGUUCAGUGUUUGUGUAGCAGCUGUUUCAGUCUGACGUCAGCUCCAACGGUUUCAGAUGCUUCACCGACUUUACACUGAUUUAUUAAUAAAGUUAUUUUUCACUUCUGGUAUGAUUUGACUAUGUUACUGUAUGACACAGUAUUAUGACGAUGUUGAUUGUAAACAUAUUAGAAAACGGUGGAGGAGGUGUCAGACUUUAUAUAAACAAAGUGUUCACCAGUCUUUAUUACACUAUAACUAUGUUAGUGAGCAAAACAAAAAAUAUUUUUAUCUGAUACAUAAAGAGUAUAGUAGGUUUUAACUUCCUAAUCCAUCUCACUGGCUGUAAUAUGCUGUCGUAAUAUUUAUUGUGUUUUUAUGUGUAGUCUGUAUUUUUGAAAUAAUUCGGUCAGUAAAUGAAUAUUUUUCCUGCAGAUGUUUCUGUAUUUGUUUAAAUAAAGUUUCAUGAAGCUGAUUAAAGGUGUCUGAUUGUAUUUAAAUCAGAGUUAAAGCUCUCUGUGUUCAGCAGCUCUGUGUUUAUAACUCAGGUAAAACUAACACACUGUAUAUAUACGAACAAUACACAAAGACACAUGUAUUAGUUAUAGGUUUGUUUCCUUUACUGCUGAACCUGAGGCAGUGAUGUUACACCAGCUGUUUCCCAGUAAUCUGUUGUUCUCCAGAUGUUCAAAUCAAACGCUGCGACAUUGAUUCUGUAUUUACAAAGUUGACAAAGUUUUAUUUACAAUAUGAUACAUGAAUCUACAGUUUUACAGUCAUUGAGUCUCUUUGGUUUUUGUCUCUGAAAAUCACUUCACAAAUAAAACAAUAUAUUAACUUAAAUUCAUCAUUUCAUUUUUACAGUGUCAGUUUCCUACAGAAUAAUCAUCCAUGACUGCAGGUGUUUGAUCCGAGUCCAUCAGGUCACUGUGACAAUAUAAUCAGCUGUUUAUAGAAAGUUUUACUUCCUUCACAGAAAAACACCAUCAUCAGCUGCGAAUCUUAUCACAGCAGAGCUCUCAGGAUCAGACUCUGAAAUGGCACCAAAGAACCAGAAACCUGGAAACUGUCCUUCGCUCUGUGGAGCCGUGUGGAAGUGGUUUGGUUUCAUGAGAUGAAAA